GUCAAUCGCAAUAGCUGGACCGUGGCCAGACGUCGACCACGAGCCAUUAUGGCACCGAUUCGCCGCUAUCUCCGCAUCACCAAAUUCUCGGUCCUCGAGGUGCGAAUCUAUCUGCACACGCCCUCCGACGCGGCAUGGCUGCUCUCCUCGCGCGAUAACGUCCUGGACAGAGUCAUCCAGGAAGUACGUCCGAAAGUGCUCCCAAAGCUGCGCGAGGAAAAUCAGAAUGCAAAGUUGAAGUCCAAGGGCAAAAAGAAGCGAGGCAUCAAAGACGUGGCGAGUCAGGACGACUUUGAGGUCUCCAUCUUUUUGAAGGAAACGAGCACGAGACACAGUCUUUUAACAAAAAGGAAGGAGUUCAGUAGCAAGCCCAAGUUACGAUCGAACGGCAAAGGUCUCACGGGAUGGCUGGAAGGGAACAAGAAGGAGGAUGCAAUUGAUCUGGAGGAGGGGAAUGAGAUGCCGCAGAUUCUCCGAGACGAAGGCGAGGGAGAUGUUGUAGAAAUGCAGGACAUUCCAGAGGCUGACAGCACAAGGACUGGCAGAAAGAGACGGUCUGGCGAAAUCGAAGGGCAGGAUGCAGAUGAUGCGCUCUUUGUGUCCUCAAGUGACGAGGAAUUCUUUGCGACGCAGCGCGCGCAGCCAUCCAGGAAAAGACAGAGAUCACGCCAGGCUGAGAUCGAGCAGCUCGAAGAUGAUGAUGAUGAUGAGCAGAGAGAUGACAAGAAGAAGUUUGCGCUCAACACGAACUUCGAUGGGUUUAGCAUAUAUGGAAGAAUUCUAUGCUUGAUUGUUACGAGGAAGGGCAGAAAGGAAGCCUUGACGAGUGCCUUGCACGAUGCUCAGCCUGCGGGCGGUAGCCAAAUGAUGGAGAAUUUCAUCGCUACGCAAGUUGCGAGAGAGGCUGGCUUGAGCGAAGAGGACGAUUGAUGACAGCCGCGCUCCCCGUGACGACGAUCAUGAAUUGGAGACCGCAUCGCUAUGUCCGAAAUCUACAUGGGAUUCGUGCGAACCACAACGAGCCCGUGCCGAGAUGGAUACCGGAAGAAAUACGCCCCAAAAAUACAACCACUCGGAUGCAUGCCGAGAGCUGGUUCACAAACAGUACCAUGUGGGAUUGUGGGUGAGCGACAUCUCACACACACCGUUCACACGUACGCCGGUGAGGGAUCCUUGCGAUGGUUUCAUAGAACUUGGAUGACCCAGCCAACACGAAUGCGUCGCCAAGUCAUACCAAGCUGCCACAUGCCUUAGCCGAGUAAGCGACUAAGCGCCACCCUUGGUCCCAUGAGCGCGGCCCGCCAAACCCCACCAAAAGUUCAAACUCAGUUUUGUCUCAUCCUCAGACUCAUCACAGUCAGACACGAGUUACAACUGCCGAAAAUGGCCAAGCACUUGUGUGCAACAAGUCUACAAAGUACACGACUACACGACUACACGUCUGCGUUGCUCAUCAACAACAAGUCUCAUCAUGAGGGGCCUUAUUAUGGCCCAUGCCAACCCAGCGCCACCAUGAACCUUGCUGCCUCUCCCUGACCGGCAUUGUGCGGAGCUCAUGUGCCACGUACGUAACUCAUAGGGCGAAUAAUAAUACCUGUUUGCUGAAGCCAACAAGACGAUGAUGGACCACUACGGUCGCAGAUAUUACUGCAGUGCCUCCUUGAAGUCCUUAUCAGUGUUACUAUACUAAUAAAUAGGUACCUAACAACUGAUGUUGCUGUGAGCGCCCACCUAAAAUUCAUCUUUCAUCACCCAGUCUCAUCGCCUUUUCCAUCAUCUGCCCACCAGAACUGCAGCGAUAGAGAAUGGCUGUCGUCAGUCGAGGGGAGAGCGGAGAGCCAGCUAUCCUGCUCGUAUACAGGCUCGUACGAGCGUACUGGGCUCUGGCUGUACCACUGGUGUUUGUGCUUCGAUUUCUGUACUACAAAUACGCAUCUCCUCUGCGAAAAUAUCCUGGGCCUCUUCUUGCCUCGGGCAGUCGCGCCUGGAAAGUCUGGAGCACAUGGUCCGGGCACACCGAGUUGGAUCACAUCGAUAUACACAGACGGUAUGGUCCCGUCGUGCGAAUUGCCCCAGAUGAACUCAGCUUCGCAUCGCCUUAUGCGGCCAAAGAAGUGCUCGCAGCCGGGAAAGGCUUCCACAAGACAGACUUCUAUGGCGUCUUCCCCCCUCCAGAGAAUCCUGAUAUUUUCACGGAGACCAGAGAGGAGGUUCAUGCGGUGAAGAAGCGGUAUGCCUCUAACCCAUAUUCCAUGGCUACGAUGCACACCAUGACCCAUUACAUCGAGGACACCGAACGUCUGCUCCUGGCGAAGUUGGAUAGCAUGUGCCAACGAAGUGACCAAUACUGCGAUCUGGGCAACACACUACACUACUACGCUUUCGACGUUCUUGGGGAGAUUGCCUUUUCCCGCAAGUUUGGAUUUCUCGAAGCUGGAGAGGAUCUGGAAAAAGCCAUCAAAACGAUUGAUGAUAUGCAAUGGUACGAUGGUAUCAUUGGCCAAAUCCCGGAGUGGGACUUUGUCUUCCGACGCAAUCCCCUGUGGAAAUAUGUGCCGUCUUUGAGCACCAGCAACUUCCUGAUCACACGUAUGGCGCUGGAAGAGAUAGACAAGCGGAACUCUCUCGGCAGCAAGGAGAUUGAGCGCAAAGACCUCCUUUCCCAGCUGUUCGCAGCGCACGAAAAGGCGCCAGAAGCGUUUGGGCAAGGCGAUGUGUUUGCAGUCGCACACGGAGCAAUUUUCGCUGGUUCUGACUCUACUGCUUCCACUAUGCAGAGCUUUAGCUAUCACGUCCUUCGUGAUGCCGCGAUAUAUGCUAAUCUGAAGAAAGAGCUCGAUGAUGCCACUGCAUCGGGCAAGCUCUCUGAAAUGCCGCAAUGGUCGGAAGUACAAGCUCUGCCGUAUUUCCAGGCAUGUCUCAAGGAAGCCAUGCGACUGCGUCCUGCCGUCGGCUUAAACAUUUGCAGACUUGUACCCCCAGAAGGCGCUGAACUCGAUGGCCAUAAAAUCCCAGGAGGGACGAGGGUGGCUCUCAAUGGUUGGGUGCUUCAUCGAUGGCAACCAAUCUUCGGUCAAGAUGCCGAUGUGUUCCGUCCGGAGAGAUGGAUCGAGGGAGACGCGAAGACGAUGGAGCGAUACAUGUUCCAGUUUGGUGGUGGAGCUCAUCUCUGCAUUGGCAAGAACUUGGCAUUGCUUGAGAUGAACAAGACAUUGCCACUGCUGUUCCGCGACUACAACUUCGAGCUUCUGAGACCCAACGAGGAGCUGAAGUACCACUCGACCUUUUUCGUGGUCCACGAAGGACUGGAAGUGCGCGUCUCGAAGCGAGGAAAGGCUUCGUCCUGAGCGGACUCUCUCCCUCUCUCUCUCAUCUGCAACACACGUCGGUGGCGCACACUUUCUGCGUGCAGCACCAUCAUCUCCGCAGCGAGGUUCAUUGGAUGAGGCGGUAUGUAAAGCAGCAGCAGCAGCAGCAGCAGAUCCCAGUUACGCAACGCAGCACACACACACACCCGUACUGGAGUUCUCUCUCUCUCUCUCGUACGAAGCGAGCGAAGGUUUUCCGAUGCGGCUCAGUGGAUUCCGUCUCCACCGAUACUAGUAGCUACUAUUGUCAAUUGACACUCCUUCGGCAAAUGUUGUGUAAUUCGAAACGACGCGGUACAGACAUGCAUCAGGUACAUACACCUUAUCUUCACACCUCCUCUUGCGAGCACGCACCUUUGCCCCCCACAGACCGACAGACCGACAGUCGAAAGCGUGUUUGUGC